AAAGCACUGCUGCUAAUCAACCAAACAAACAAACUGAGGGAUCACAUUCUGCUCUCAUGAUUUCUAAAGAUCUGCUCAAUCUAGUUCUGAAUCGCUUGGUAUCUGUUUUCCGAACUGCCUGCUGACCGACCUUUGGGCAAACCUCAGAAGAUGGAGCAUAAAUUGCAAUGACUUUAAUAACUCUGUUUUUUCCUUGAUCUUCAGUAGAGACAUGGGGAACGGCUUUCAUGUCAGAAAAGGGGUGGCGUUGGCCUCUCUGGUCGCAGCAGUUGGUGCCAUAGUGGUCAUCAUAGCUCUCUCUGUGAGGCUCGCUCAGGAGAAGUCAAGAAAUGCAGGAACACUUUCAAUCAAUGUCAAGCCCACCUUUUCUGCUCCGGAGGAGCCAUGGGACCACUACAGACUUCCGAACACCCUCAGUCCAAUUUCCUACAAUGUGACCCUCUGGCCCCGGCUGGAACCCGACGCAAAUGGUCUGUACCAGUUCUCCGGGAACUGCACGGUGGUGUUUAAAUGUACGAGGGAGACCGACCUCAUCCUCAUCCAUUCCAAGGAGCUGAACCUCACCCUGCUGGAUGGAUUUCACGCCAGGUUGACGGGCCUGAAUGGACCCGCGCCCCGUCUGAAGAAGACCUGGGAGGAGAUUCAGACCGAGUACCUGGUGGUCCAGCUUGACGGCCCACUGCAGGCCAACAGCAGUUAUGAACUCUUCACAGAGUUUGUUGGAAAACUGUCUCCAAACCAGAAAGGUUUCUUCAGGAGCGUAUACAUCGAGGACGGCGAGGAAAAGGUGAUUGCAACAACUCAAAUGCAGCCCACAUAUGCCAGGAAAGCCUUCCCGUGCUUUGAUGAGCCGGCCUUGAAAGCUGUAUUCCAUGUGACGCUCAUUCAUCCACAAAACACCACGGCUCUCUCCAACUCCAUGGCCUCCGAGUGUGUCAGCAUCAUUGUGGAUGGCCAGGACUUGGUCAGGACCAGCUUUGAACCCACAAAGAUCAUGUCAACCUACUUGCUGGCUUUUGCUGUGUGUGAUUUUGGACACAUCAGGACAGAGGCGGGCGCAAGCGUUUUGAUCAGGGUCUGGGCUCGCCGGAAAGCCAUACAGAGAGGAAUGGGAAAUUAUGCCCUGGAGAAGGCCAGACCCAUAUUGCCAUUCUAUGAAAAGUACUUUAACACCUCAUACCCGCUGAAGAAGUCUGACCAGAUUGCCAUUCCUGGAUUUGGUCCUUCAGCAAUGGAGAACUGGGGGCUGAUCACCUAUGGGGAGUCUGUGUUUUUACACGACCUGGAAAAGUCGUUCAAUGAAGACAAGGAGACAGUGGUGUACAUGAUCUCCCAUGAGUUGGCACAUAUGUGGUUUGGAAACUUGGUGACCUUGAGGUGGUGGAACGACUUGUGGCUUAACGAAGGCUUUGCCUCCUACAUCUCCUCCCUGGGAUCAGACCAUGCAGAACCAACAUGGAACCUGAAUGACUUAAGUGUGCCAGAGGAAAUCCUGGAAGCGAUGGUCGAAGAUGCUUUUUUCGUGUCCCACCCCCUGUCUGUCAAAGAGGCGGAAGUCCGGACACCACAAGAAAUCCUAUCCCUGUUUGACGGCAUCACCUACAGCAAGGGUGCCGCUGUCAUUCGAAUGAUGUCAAACUUUGUGACUGAGGCGGUCUUGACCAAAGGAUUGCAGACUUAUUUAAAAGAGUUCCAGUAUAAAAACACGGUUCCAAAGGAUCUAUGGAAGCACUUGCAAAUGGCGGUGGACGAAGCUGGCAUCUCCUUGCCCCGACCUGUAGAGGAGAUUAUGAAUCGAUGGGUUUUACAGAUGGGUUUUCCACUGAUCACCAUCAACACACAGACAGGAAAUGUCACCCAGAAACACUUCUUGUCAAACCCAAAACAUGUGGUGGACAGAACUUCAGAGUUCAACUACACAUGGUUCGUCCCCAUCACCUGGAUGAAGAAUGGGAAAGAAGAACAAAAAUACUGGCUUCUUUCCAAAGAGGAUACAAACACAGACAUGGCCCUGGGGCCUUCUGAUUGGUUGGUGGCCAACAUAAAUUUGACGGGUUUCUUCAGAGUCAAUUAUGAUGCUGAAAACUGGGAGCGCAUCUUCAACAAACUAAACUCCAGACAUGAGGACAUUCCACUGCUCAGCCGAGCUCAGAUUAUAGACGACGCCUUUAAUUUAGCAGAUCUGGAGAUGGUGAACAUGACUGUGGCUCUGAGAACCACCUCGUACCUGGAUAAGGAAGUUGAGUACAUGCCUUGGCGCCGAGCAGACUCCCACUUGGAGAAUUUCUUUCACAUCCUUCGUCCAAGAGGGAUUUAUGGACCCUUGCAGGCAUUCUUCAGAGAAAAGGUCACACCUUUGUUUCACCACCACAGGGAGCUAACCCUUAACUGGACCAAGAGUCCAACACGUCACUCCGAUCUGUACAACCAGAUGACAGUCAUCAAGCUGGCCUGCAAAUUGGAAGUGAAAGACUGCUCUCAGCUCACCCUGACAUGGUUCAGAGAGUGGAUGAAAAAUUCCACCACCAACAAAAUUCGCCCUAGUUUGAGGGAUGCCGUUUACUGCAGCGCAAUGGCAGCCGGAGGGGUGGAGGAGUGGGACUUUAUGUGGUCCAUAUACAGGAAAAACGACACGUCAGACCCUGACAACCUGAUUUAUGCUCUGUCCUGCACCAGACAGCCUUGGCUCAUCAACAGGUAUUUGGAGUACUGUUUGGAUCCAGAGAAAGUCUCAGAGAAGGACGUCAUUUCUGCCAUUACUUACAUGGCUUAUAACCCCGUCGGCCAACCUCUGCUUUGGGACUUUGUCAGAACCAACUGGGAGGUCUUGGCUGAAAAGAGUUUUUUUUCUGUGGAGUAUGUGGUUUACACUGUAACCAAAUUUUUCUCCACUAAGUUUCAAUACAAACAGCUGCUGCAGUUCAAAGAGGAACUUAAAAAGCAGCUGAGCUCGGUAGAUGGGACUUUUGAGGAAGCUUUGAAGACUGUGGAGGACAACAUGAAAUGGAUUGAGAGGUACAAGAAAGAGGUGCAUGGCUGGCUCAUCAGUGAAACUUCAGAGGAGAAGUGAUCCUGCUUUUUACAGUCCCAAAGAAAAAAAAUGACCAAAUGUUAUUACUGGUGAUUAUGUAAAGUUUUAAUAGUAAUAUUUUGAAGUCUUUCUUUUGAAAACUUUAUGGCAUAAGAAUUUCUGAUGUCAGUUUUUUCUUUUUACUUUAAUGUAAUGAUAUUUGAAAGAUGUCAGUUUUGAUCCACACAUUGAUUUUACUUGUGGAGUUCCUCAAGGAUUAGUGUUUGGACCACUUUUGUUUACCUUUUACAAAGUUUGGAGACAUUUUUAGAUUUUUUUUUGGAUGAUAUUUAGCUAUUUGUUGAAUAUAAUUAAAUAGAUAUUUUAAGUUCAAUUAGCUGUUUUAAUGUUUCCCAGCCUUAAAUGUUAUUAAAUUUAAGUUAUACUACAAUAGGUCAGCUUUAGUUCACAGAGGAGGUCCAUGUAAAUCUAAGACAAACCAAAAUCAAUCCAGCCAUGUCAUGUUUUUUUUUUUCAAUUAUAACCUUUUAUACUUCAGCCAGAGCUGACUUAGCUAUAGUCAGUUCCGGGGGUGGAGCUAGAACAUUUUAUAUGGGGGAGAGGAGGGGGCCAGAAGACAAAUCAAAGGAUUAAAAAUUCUAAACAGUUUUAUUACAUUUGUUUUUUAUGUCAUUUAGAAAUGUUUAUUUUGUUUAUUUUUGCAAUGCUUAAAGAAGCUUGUUAAGGAAUCUUAAUAUAAAGUGUUACCAGUUAAUCUUUGUCAAAAAUAAUAAUAUUUCUGACUCAAAAAUAUGGGGGAAGCAAGUGCGGGGCAAAGCUUUUUGCUGCCCCCCUGUUCCUCCACCCUUGGCCAGUCCCAAAAAACCAGAACAGGUUUGGGGGCUCACAACAAUAUACAAAAACACAGAAACACUGGAAAAAAGAAAAUACAUUUUAGGAACACUGCAGACAAAGUCUACAUGCACAGCAAUUUUCUGAUCUCAUUCCAGAUGAGUAUCCAAGUUAAAAUGUGGGCAUAAGCAAAUGUGUAUUUCCAGUCUUCUUAUUCAAAAGAAGACUGAAUGCAAAAUGUUUCCACUGCAGUUUUGCAAAGCUGACUGGAAUUCUUGGAAAACUAGAUUCACUGUCGUCUAAACUUUUGAACUCUGAAAAUAAAAUAAAAAUCUUGUAAAAUAAAUAAAAACAAGUGUUUGUGUUUUACCCUAAAAUUUAAUACAAGGCAUAAACUAAUAACAUAAAAAGGUCGUUUGUGCCCUCAUGGCGUCCAUGUUUAGCUGUGCUUCCAUUACACAAGUGCAAAACUUUAUUGAAUUUCUAGAAAUGAAACAAUUUGGCAAAAAUACUGUUUCCAUUUAAUCUGAACACAAGCCAACUCAAGCAACAAGUCUCUCAAAAACAUGGCAAUAGAUGUGAAUUAUACUUUGAUUGACAGCAGAUACAGUCAAGUUUCUGCUUCGACACUAGCGCUUAUUAUCAUCAAUGAGAGGCGAUGCCGGGAGCGGCUACGGAUGAAGCGAUUUGGGGAAAUGGUGGUUGGUGGUUUUAUAGAGAAUCAAUUCCAUAUGACACUCAACUUUUGAGGAGCUGUGUAAUGCUGUGGGACCUCUCGUGGCGCCCGCUGCAGCUGUGUUCAAGGCCGCCAGUGGUGUCUGGUUUUUGGUCACGUGACUGAUUUAAUUGGAAAAAAAAAAAA